AUGUCACAGCUAGACAUCUUCGGUAAGUGCGUUGAUGAAAAUGUUAAUGUAUUUCAAGAUUUGUUAGAGAUCAGCCAGUUGGAAAUUACAGGUACCGGAAAGGACAUAUUUAUGAAAAUCAAGGAAUGUGUCGACAGAAAAGGAAAAACAAUUGGUUGCGUAGCUUUGUUAAAACCGUUCUUAGGCCGAAAAUUAUUUUCAAAUAAUUGUAUCAUGCAUCGGGAAGCUUUAUGUGCCAAAGAUAUGAAGUUGAAUGAUGUUAUUGAUCCUGCAGUACGCUGUAUUAAUUAUAUCCGAGCAAAAGCCCUUCAUCGAAGACAAUUCAGAAUUUUAUUUGAGGAUGAAAUAAAUGAAUUUGAGGUCUUGAAAUUUUUAGAAGAAAAGCAGGAAAUGACUAAUGAGCGAGAUCUACUUAAAAAUGAAUCAUAG